CGCAACACAGUAUCAUUCCCCGCGAGCCACUGAUCUCCAUUCCUCCGUUUCAGAGAAUCGAAAAUGGCGACUCUGCUUCGCGGCCUCUCCCGCAAAACCCUAACCCUAGCCCUAAAACCAUCAACCCAAUCUCCAUCUCUGCUUCUUUCCCGCCAUCUCUCGGCCACUCCCAACAUCACCCCAUCCUCCGAUCGUAUCAAAUGGGACUACAGAGGCCAACGGAAGAUCAUCCCCUUGGGCCAGUGGCUCCCAAAGAUCGCUGUCGAUGCCUACGUGGCCCCCAACGUAGUCCUUGCCGGCCAGGUCACUGUCUACGAUGGAUCCUCCGUCUGGAACGGGUCCGUCCUCCGCGGCGAUCUCAAUAAGAUCACCGUCGGAUUCUGCUCCAACAUCCAGGAACGCUGCGUUCUUCAUGCUGCCUGGUCGUCACCCACAGGACUCCCAGCUGACACAUCCAUUGAGAGGUUUGUGACAGUCGGGGCCUAUUGUCUACUGCGGUCAUGCACGAUUGAGCCAGAGUGCAUUAUUGGACAGCACUCUAUCCUGAUGGAAGGUUCAUUGGUGGAGACACACUCGAUCCUAGAAGCAGGGUCUGUUGUUCCCCCAGGCAGGAGGAUCCCAACUGGAGAACUUUGGGCAGGCAAUCCAGCAAGGUAUGUCCGGACCUUGACCCAUGAGGAGACCUUGGAGAUUCCCAAGCUGGCAGUUGCGAUCAAUGACCUGAGCCGGAGCCAUUUCUCGGAGUUCCUCCCGUACUCCACGGUUUAUUUGGAGGUGGAGAAGUUGAAGAAGUCUCUAUCAAUUCCUAUUUGAAGAAUUCUUUUGUGUGUGUAUUAAUCAGAUGGAGGUGUCUUUUGAGAAGAAAUAAGCAGAGCCCAAAUACUCUUCUUAGGAGACUUUGAUUCUGGCCCCCCAUUUGUUUUUGUUUUCCCUGGAGUGGACAGUGAAAGAACUGGUUGUAGAUUUUACUUCUAUGGUCAGUGAGUGGGCCAGGUGAGUUCUCUUCA